CUUGAAGAAGACGAUUCUACAUCGUUUGACUGAGAAACAGACCGCGACCUUUUGCUGUAGGACUACAUCUUUGCUAGGGAGGAUGAUGCGCAGCGCAUAAAAGCAUACUAGGUCGGGAGCCUCCCACUCAAGCCUUUCCACCCCCCAUUUCAUACACGCACGAUCAGUAGCUGCCACACAGCUUGCAACCAUGGCAGGCAAGCCGCCCUCAUCAUCCAUCCUCAUCGUGCCAGCCACCAGCUAUGAAGUGGCCAGCAGUCGCAAACCCAGGACGCCAAAGAAGAGCGCCAUCGUGUGCUCCACCGCCACGGAUGACGUGGGCGCAGCUUACUACGACCCUCGCAAUUUCCUGGUCCGUGGAGGCUACCGGGCCUUCGAGCAGAAGAUCAUCAACAUGAACAAGUGCGCCGUCCAGGAGCUUCGCACAGCAAACGCAGUGCUCGCGGACGAGCUGAUGAAGGCGCGCUCGGGCACGGACGAGGUCCGUGACCAGUUGCGUGUCAAGGAGACUAGCGUGGACACGCUGCAGGGCUCGUUAGAGCGGGCCGAAAAGGAGCGCCGGCUGCUGGAGAAGAAGCACCUGAUGCAGCUGAAAGAGAUGAACAAGAGGUACAAGGAGGAGCAGGCCCAGCGGCUGCUGUUGGAGUCGGAGUGCGGGCAGCUGCGUGCCGGCAAGGAGGCGCUGGAGGGGCAGCUGGAGGCUCAGCAGGAGGAGAAGGCCCAGCUGCUGGACCUCGUCAACAGCCAGCGCAAUAACAGUAGCAGGCUGGAGGCCACGGUCGCGGGUGAUGCGGCCACCAUCGCCGAGCUGCGGUCUCGGGUGCAGGCGGCCGAAAGCCGGCUGGCGGAUGAGGCGUCGGGGCGGCAAGAGCUGUUUGGGCGGCACAAGGCGCUGGAGGCGGACUUCACGCUGUUGUCGGAGCGGCACUCGGCGCUGGCUGCCUCCAACAACGAGGCGGACGCCAAGCUGCGUGCGGCCACAUCGCGGGCACAGCUUCUGGAGGACGAGCUGGCGGCAAUGAAGUCGGCGGUGCAGGCUGAGAAGGAGGCACUGGUGGAUGAGAAGAAGCGCAGCGCUUCUCUGCAGUCGGACCUGACCCAGCUGCAGAGCACGUCAACGCUGGCGGCGGCUGCGGCCGCCGCUGACCAGGCAGAGCUGCAGCGGCUCCGGAACCAGUCGGAACAGCUCCUCACCACUGCCGACGGGCUUCGGGCCGAGGUGGCCAAGUUGCGGGAGGACAACCUGCACCUGGCCGCGCAGGGCGUUGCGGCACAGGCGAGUGCGCAGCAGCUGCAGCAGCAGCGCGACGAGCUACAGCUGCAGCUCAGCUCUACACGCGACUCGCUGGAGCGCCGCAUCCAGCAGCUCGAGACGGGAUGGCGGGACGACUCGGCCGCUAAGGCCAAGGCCGCUCAGGAGGACGCCGCCGCGCGCCAGCGUGCCCAUGCCGAGGAGCUGGCAGCGAAGCAGCGUGCGGCGUCUGACGAGCUAGCGGCCAAGCAGCGCGCAUGGGACACGGAGCUGCGUGCGAAGGAGAAGGCCUGGGAGGAGGAGCGAAACACGCGCAUUCGUGCGCAUGAGGAAGAGCUGGCCCGCAAGGACCUGGAGUUGCUGGAGGUGCGCGAGCGCAUGCGUGAGGCGCAGACGGCUGUGGCAGAGCUGGCGACCGAGGUGGCCACCUUCAAGUUCCAGAGCGAGCACUUUGAGGCCGUGUUCCGCGAGGCGGAGGAGGGCAAGAAGCGCAUUGGGGAACUCGAGGCGACGCUGCGGGCCCGCGAUGCGGCGCUGGCUGAGGCAGCCUCGCAGCACGGCUCUCAGCUGGAGCUGUGGAAGGCGGAGGCCAACGAUGUCGCGCAGGCCGCAGCCAAGUGGAAGCAGCGCUGCACGCAACUGCAGGCGCAGCUUGACGCCAAGGACGCAGAGUCGGACGCCAGCAGCCAGGAGCUGAGGUCGCUGGCAGCGCGUCUGAGCGCGAGCGAGGCCGAGCGCAUGAAGCUGCAGGAGGCAUUGGCGGGCGCAGACAGCAAGCUGGCGCUCUCGACGCAAGAGGCGGCGUCCUACAAGGCACAGCUGGCUGACGUGCUGACCUCGCAUGAGGCCGCCAGCCGCCAGGUGGAGGCAGCCAAGCAGGAUAUCCACGCACGCGACAUGCAGCUGAGCAAGCUGAACGUGUACUUGAGCGAGGAGGCUGCACGGGCCGCCGAGCUGCGCGAGCAGCUGGCCACCACCAACGCACACCAGACCACGGAGCUGGAGGCCAGGUCCCGCGCACUGGCGGACGUGACGGAGCAGCUGCGUGACUCGGAGCGCGCGCGUGUGGAAGCAUUGGGCGAGGUUGUGACGCUGCGGGACCGCGUGGCGCUGCUGACACGGGAGGUGGCGCGUGCCCGCUCCGUGGCAGAGGCGGUGGGGGCGGCGGCGCGGCCGCCUGCCGCUGCAGGUCGCGAGGAGCUGCGGCGGUCGGUAGAGGCUGACCGCCCUCAGUCUUGGGCGUACGGGGCUGCGGGUGGCCGUGCGGCUGGAGCUGAAGUGCUGGGCCGGCAUCGGCCGAACGAGGACGAGCCCAUUGCUGCACUUGAGGAGGAGGCGGAGAGCUGGUUUGGGGCACUGAACGCAGCGGCGUCUCGUCCCGCCGCCCAGGCCGCUGAACCCUACAGCCGCGGCUACGCAGGUUAUGCGGGCCACUCGGGAGCAGCACAUCCAUCUUCGGGGCCUGUGCGGUCGUUCGACGUGAUCGUCAGCCCCACUCACAGCCCUGCCCCGAAAGGUGCUGCACAACCCGUUGCACCUGCGCCCGCACCAGCCUCCUUCCGUCCGCACCAAGCCAUGCUGCCGCAAGUGGCCAAUGCGGCGACGCCCGCCCACGGAGGCAACGGUGCUGCAGCCGCGGCUGCUGCUGCUGCUGCCGCUGCCACGGCCUACACCGCGUUAGUGACCCCUCUACCUCAACAGCGGCCGUCUUUGGCCUCCGCUGCUGCGGCACCAGCGAUGGGCACCGCCAACUACUCCGCACACCAAACCUACCGGGCGUAUGGUGGCGCCGGCACGGCGGCGGCGCCGCUACCUGCGCAGCCUAUGUAUACGGCUGCAGCGGUCGGCGGCUCGAGGCCGUAUGGAGCGGUUGCGCCACCAGCGGCAGUGGUGGGGCUGUCGCCUGCGAUGUCGGACUCGACCUCCACCUCAUCAAACCUGCAGGAGCGGCUGCAGCGGCUGCUCGGGACCGGGACGCUCUUGUAGGCAUGGUGUAUAUGUAUGAGUAGGCAGAAUAGGCUUUGCGAGGGGGCGUACGGCUAUUCAAACUGAAGCGCGUGUACGGUCAGGUACGGUGUACGGAAAGCUUGUCCUGUCAUUGGUGCGAAGACGCAGGGCCGCGAAAGCCAGAGCUGCAACCGCUUGUUCAUUUGCGGUACGGUCUAGAUGCACAACAGCACAACGCAAGUCAGCUGCCGUGGUCGCUAGCUUGUUGUCCUGAGUGGCCUAUGUCAAUGCUGGACAGGGCCGUGCACGGAUGUGCGGGGCGGGGGAGGUCAAUCCCAAGCCCCAGAUGGAGUAAUCCUUGCAUGCU